AUGGAGGUUGUCGGCGCCGUGUCUGCCGUCCUUACCAUAGCGGGAGAGUUCGAUCACAUUUGCAAGAGGCUUCGCCGCUGCUCUCGCUACCUUAAAUACGCUAAGGACGAUGUCACGGACAUCCGGGAUGAAGUUGACUCAUUCAGAAUACUCCUCACUGAGUUCCACAGAACCCUCACAGACGAGCGCUGGGGUGACGAAGGUCUGUCCCGAGAAAUCAAAACGACCAACAUAGUGUCACAGAUUGUCAAAUCGGGGAGAAGAGCGUUGGCCAGCAUUAACUCCAUUUUAGCUGGACUUGAUCCAUUGCGAAGAGACAAGGAGUACCCAGCCAUCCAGCAAUGGUAUGCCCGCUGGAAAUGGUCAACGCGGAAGGAGGAAUGGUUACCAGCUCACACUUUACUCAACUCCAUCAAGGGAAGCGCCAAUCUGCUCAUUUCAAUCGUCAUUUGCCACCACUUUCUUCGAUCCCGCGAGCAGCUGGAUGCUGAAAAUAGAACGAUCCCAGAUGACCUGAACAAACAAAUUUCCCUAUAUGCAAGUCAGACCCAAACCAUGGUGUCAAACUGCAGGAAGACCGAAAGAACGCUCAGACGAAUGCAAGCCCAACAGGCAGAUAUGCUGCGCCUGGCUAAAGAGUUUGUCGCGCUGUCGUUUGAUUUGGCACAGUCUCAUAUCGAAUCGAAUCCUGAAUUGGAAGCGGUCCUCACUCGCCAUAGGAUCCCGUCUGUCAUCUCCAGCAACUCGACGGCAUCUAAGAGUUCUGGUUCUUCCCGCAGAGUCGAUAAUAUAAGGCCUUCGAAUUCCAGCAACCCCAGGGAGUCUCGAUCGGGAGAGUCUUCAGCGGAUGUGCUAGUUUCUGACGGAUCUCAAGAUGACACAGCUGGCAACCCUGUUGCCGGAGUUCCUGCCGAGCCUCUACAUCGACAUGGUCGAUCCUACAGCCCGAGUCUGGCACCUCUGAUGUACCAUCACCAGCUUCGACUGCAGCUCGUCAUCGCCCUGAGGGCUCUGUUCCAACCGCCUUAUGGGGUCCACCGAUACCGAACCCACGUUCAGCAUCCGAUCCCCAGGGAUCAGAUGCAAACCUUGAAAAGCGGACGGUGA